GUGUUUCAUCUGGGGUGCGUCUACACCUGCGUGACUGACUGUUCUUCCCUCCAUCUUUUCGACCGCGGACAAUCAUGGCUGACGUCCGCGCCCUCCUCGCUGCCGAGAGGCAAUCUCGAAGAAUCUCUCACCCUCACCUCUCGUACACUAAAUCGGGUAUGCUAAUAUGCACCAUAUGUGACCUGAAUGUCAAAUCCGAGGCGCUAUGGGAGGGGCAUCUUAGGAGCGCAAAUCACCGGAAAAAUGUUCAACGUGCGCAAGAGAACGCAACCAAAGGCACAAAGAGAAAGAUCGAGGAUGUGGAUGAAGUGCAAGAGGAGCGAGACGAGACUGAUACAGAUACACGGAAAAAGGCAAGGUCGCGGCCGGUGGGUCUGAACAAGAAGCCGACAACUGGUGAUGUUGGGCAAGAGCCUGCACCGGAACAAGCUGAACCAGAGCAUGUGUUGAACGAGUCAAUACAACAGCCCGUGCCUUCUACUGCUCCGGCAGCAGACACCGUGGACGGGGGUUCGACCCAGGCUCCAGCUGUUGAUGAAGACGAAUGGGCGUCCUUCGAGCGAGAAGUCGCUCCGUUGGCAGCCGCACAACCAGACUAUGCUUCGGCCACGAUAACUGCAGCGCCAGUCACGGCUGAGCAAUUGAAACAACAGUCAGACGAAGACAAACGACACAGACUAGAGACAGAAGCAGAGGAUGAGAAAGAGGAUGAAGAGAGGCGGCUAGAAGAGGAAUUCGAGGUGAUGGAGGAGAUGGAGGAGCGAGUACGGAAACUACGAGAGAAGAGGGACGCCUUGAGACAUGCCGCGCAAGCAAGCACGGAUCCAGGAAAAGGACAACCUAGCACAACAGCUGGCAGCUUAGAGCAAGAAACACGGCCUGAUGAAGCCGACGAAGCCGACGAAGAUGAGGGUGCCGAUGAAGAUGACUGGUAUGCAUGAGAUUCGUCAUGUCAUUAACACCGGAAAUGCAACUCCACAAACAAGCGAGGGAAAGCCGAACCUCUAGCCUGUCUAUACCAUGAGAACGCUGCCAAAUAUGAAUGCAAUGAAUGCAUAAAUCAUUCAAAAAUCCUCGCCCAUCAACUCCUCUAUUUCGACAAUCCCAGUCACUUCGUUGCUCUGGUCGACGAUCCCAAGCAGGGUCCCCCUCCUCAGGAAUUCUUUACCACGUCCAGAACCCUCAUCGCGCAUCUGGUGGAUCCAACGUCUGCACUCGUCCAAGGUCGUAUUGGCGAGCACGGAUAUCCAGUCAGUCUUUUCAACAACCACUCUCCCAAACUGAUCCUCCAAGUCUGCAACGGGCAGUUCGGGGAUUUGGAGACUCUGUAUCCUUCGAGGGCCGAUCAUAUGGUGCAAGGAAGUCCGAACAAAUCCUUUUGAUGACCGCACAGCAGCCAGAAGCACAUCGAAGCACAGGAGCGGUUGUCCUGGACGUGGGGUUGCUAUGGGGAUUUGAGAGACUGUCGUCGCCAGAUCAGACAUUCGUGGCUCGGAUGGGACUGUCGGCUUGAGUGCUGCGCCUAUGGCACCUCCAGGAUGAUUGGCCGCAAAUAUGGCAGGUGUCUGCUGUCCAGCUGCGGAAUGCAACUCGUCGGCAACUGCAAGUGCGAGACUAUCGCCAAUUGCCAGCGUGAUCGUUGUCGAUGUCGUUGGUGCCGACACGCCGAACGACGUCAUCUCAGACUCGUGGAUAAUAGUUGGUAUCAGAAUGUUCUUGGAACCUGCUCUUGCAGGAUUCGAGAGUAGUAGGCAUGAGCCUUCGUUCAAAUGUCCAGACAUGACGAUCAGGGGUAUCGACGAUUCGAUGUGUGGAAGAAGAGAGAUGAGUUCAGGCGUCUUUCCAGAAAAUGUGACCAUGAUAAUAGUAUCAUUGGGGCGAACAACCCCUAGGUCUCCAUGUAAGGCCUCGAUAGGGUGUAGGAAUACCGCAUGGAUACCCAGGGAAACAAAGGUGGCGACGAGCUUCUUUGCGAUAUGGCCAGACUUGCCGACACCUGUAAAGAUGGUCUUCC